UGUUGGGAAUUGCGUGGGCGGGGCUUCGCUUCAACACGCUUUAAACCUCCUCUAUCCGCAUCUUCAGGUUUACAGUAGAUUUAGCAGAGCGAUAUGAAGGACGUCGACUGUACGACCGGCUCUUUGACUUUGUUCCACUUUGACUUUGACGGCAAGCUGUCCCGUCUUAACGCUCCUGAGAUUCCCUAAACAACAUGUGAUUUUGGGCAACACGUCGUGGAAACACCGGAAACAGGUCCAAUGCGCGGACGAGGCGUGUUGGCGUUUGCAGUCGUCGCGCUCCACUUGUUCCUUCUCGUGUCCGCGCUCGAGAGCCACCGAGAAAAUGUUCUCGUGGUCAGAGAGAAAUGGUCCAAUGUUGACAAGAAGCAGAGCUUGCCGUGGAUAAACCUGUCAGCUUUUUGGGUCCACGGUUCUGCGUGUGUGCGUCUGCGUCUGCGCUUAAAGCCCCUGUCAGCCAAUGUAACCCUACGGUUCGAGUUCACUGAAUUAGCUAUUAGAAAUUUAAGCACUCUUGUGAUCCAGAGAGGUCAUCAUGGCAACGGCACUAUUUGGUGGAAACAGUUGUAUGAUGACCAUAGUAGGAAAGUUAAAAUGAGAAUUCGCUCUUCCAUCAAUAAUCUGGAUGUCCAAAGAGAACAUGUGUGGCAGUUGCAGUGUAACUGUUUUAUGGCCCAGUUGGGAAAUACAGUCCGUGUUACUGUGUAUGACUUCAACCGAACACUCAUUACCGACUCAUACACUGUAAAGCGCCCUCCAGAAGAUCAACUUCAAGUUGCUUCCAGUUUCAUGGCACCAGGAGACCUAUUGCCUGUGUAUAAUGUAACACUGGAUAUCUUUGCUAAACGGUUUAUUGUUGGCAUGGAGAUGGGCCAAAAAGUGAACGUGAGGUUAUGUUACGAAAACCAUGCAGUGUGUAAUGGAAUCAUAUCCCAUGAGAUUGAUACUGAUCUUAAUCACAUGGUCACUUUAAACUUUCCUUAUUUGGUGCCCUGUCUAUGCGUGCAGGUGUAUUACACUGUAGUUGAUGCCAAAAGACACACCACCUGUCCACUAAAAGACCAAAUACUGCCAGGAGGUGGAGAAGUGUUAUCCAGCAGCUCACUGCGGCUCUUUGGUAGCUCAAUUCUCAAAUGGAAGCAUCUUUGCCCCUUAGCCCAGUUCAAACCUGCCGUCUCUCUCUGCUGGCAACAUACCAGAAACCACUCACAGUGUAUUCCUGUGCAAAACUCCACCCUGCACAUGACAGACCUGAAAUACAGUGUGUCUGAUGUAGACAAGCAUGCCCACAUGUGUUUGAAGUUUUUUCUGAAUGAUAGCCAUCAGGUCUUCUGCCCCUUCAGCUCAGGUGAUUUAUCCGAAUGGGAUGUUACAGUUGUUCCUGGAUCUCGGUGUCUGUAUGUACAACUGUCUUCCAGUAUCCCAGCAUCCUUUGCUGCCCAGCUCUGUGUGGAGGAACGGGGAGAAUGUGUCAUGAAAGAAAACGUGCACACUAUUCAGAUGGAAGAAGGUGCCAGAGACGUGGUCCUGACUGUACCUCUUCCCUUUUUCACCUCAGGACUGUGUGUGCAGGUGUGGCGUUUUGAGCCAGCUCUCCGUGGAAGGAGAAUCAUAUGUCCUGAUUAUACUCACAGGAGAUGGGGUCUUAUUGUUGCUGCUUCACUGGCUCUUCUGGUUGCUAUAACAACAGUGGGCAUCCUCACCUACAAUUUGAUCAAACGGCAGACAUCAGUAUGGCGCUCUGCCGAAAGAAAACCUAUUUUGCUCGUCUGCUCAUCUGAUGACACGAGUCACGUUUCAGCUGUGUGUGCUCUAGCGUACGGCCUGCAGGAGGAGCUGCGUAUGGACGUGCGCCUGGCUCAGUGGGCACAAUGUGGCACUCAGACCUCUCUGGCCCAACUAGGCCCUGCCCCCUGGCUCUACGGCCAGUGCCAACAGGUGCACAGUGUAGGUGGCAUGGUGCUUAUAGCCUGGAGCCCUAAAGCCCAGCAGACUUUCCUCAAAUGGAGAGAGAGUGAGGGUGGAGGAAAAGUGGACAAGGAACAGAAGGACAAAGUGUUGCUAGAAGAAUGGAGUGAUAAACAGGGAAAACGAUGGGCAGAGAGCGAGUCUUCUAUCACAGCUCCAGUGUUUAAUGCCAGCCUCAUAAGCAUGUGGGCGGGACUCCAGAGCGAGAGGCACGGUCGAGGAUUUGGGCUCGUGUGUUUCCGAGGCUUAAGUGGAACAAGGUGUAUUCCGAAGGAGCUCAGAAGCAUUCGGAGAUACUGCCUUCCUAGAGAUCUCUCAAACCUGAUACACGAACUGGAUGUAAACGUACAUGGACCAAGAAGCAAGGUCCAAAACAUGAGUAGUUGGUGCUGUUGGCCCCGCCUUUUCUCCAAAGGACUGUCUUUCUGGUUGUCGCAGAGGCUAGCUCAGAGACUGAACGCAUGGCUUCCUCAGACAGCAGCGAAACCAGACAGGACGUGUCUUCUGAAACCGUCCCGUAAAAUUCCCAGUGAAAAGACGUUAAAGACAAGGUUGAAAAAGAAAAAAAAAAGAAGGGGAACUCUCCGUCACCCUGCAGUGCCGGAAAAAAAUGUAGUAUGUAUACUGGCCACACAGAAAAAUGCGCUACUUGCGUAAUUUAUUCUUUUAAAGCUACACAUUCUGAGUGGACAAAAUGGACGGGGGGUGGAAGCAAAUGAAUCAGUUUUUCAAUGGCUGACUGACAUCCUUAACUCCUUACCAUUACCAAAGUGUUCAUUUUCAUUAAUGCUGUAUACCUCAAAUGGUGCAAGUUUUUUUUUCUGACCCCAACCCAACCUCAUCAUACAGAAGACCUAAGAGGCCAUGCAUUAUUUUUUUUUUCUUUCUUGUUUUCUCGUGAUCAUGACUUAAUUUUCUCGUGAUCUCGACAUACCAAAAGUUGUUUUCUCAUGACAUAAUUUCAUCACGAGAAAAUCUCAUGCCUUGUAAAUGGGCCCUGUGUUGCAUGCAUGUUGGUGUCUUGACUAUCGCCAUCAUAAAUUCAGUAAUUGGCCGCUGUAGAGAUGGACUUUAUUUUGUUGUAAACCUGACACUAUUGUGGAAGUCGUCAGUCGCUGAUAAACAUAGAGCUAUUUCAGCUUGAGUGAGUCCCUGAUCAAAGUAAAAAAAAUUUGUUCAUCUAUGAUGCUGUGGGAUUGUUCUAAGCUUUUGCUGCCUCCAGAACUAUGAAAACAACACGUUGCUAUGUCGAGUACACAGAAAAAUUCAUUCGUGAUCACAAGAAAGCAAGAAAGAAAAAAAUUAUAAUGCAUGGCCUGUUAGGGCUUCCGUAUCAUCGUGCAUUUCUCCAAUUACAUUAAAAUUAUGUAGAAUCUGUGAAAAGCGCAAAGUAUUGAAUUCUGUUGUACUGAAAUGUUUGACUGUGUAUAGGCGAUACUUUCUUGUGCUGUAACAUUGUGUAUGUGUCAAACAAUACUUGUUUCAGGUCAGAUCUAAUUGAUGAACUCAGCUCUUGGUAGUAUCACUUGACCACAUGCUCAGAAGUAAAUGGUCUGCACUUAUAUAGCUUAUAUACCUUAAUGGUUUUACAAAGCGCUUUGCACUGUUUCUCAUUCACCCAUUCACACACACCAAUGGCAGCAGAGCUACCAUGCAACGCACCUGCCUACCAUUGGAAGCAACUUUUGGGUUCAGUGUCUUGCCCAAGGACGCUUCGGCAUGUGGGCCGACGAUCAAACCGCCAACGCUGCGAUUAGUGGACAACCCGCUCUACCACCUGAGCCACAACUGCCCCAAGAAGUCUUCUGGAUGACUUUCACCUACUUCGGGAUUGAUCUCACUUGGCAGAAAGAAAGAAAGUGGCAUACAAUCCCUAACUUGAAGCACCAAUUUUUUGGGUGUAACCUACACAGAUUUAUCAUGCAUACAGAAUGAGUGGAUUUUCAUUUAUGAGCACUGGUAUUUUUUUAAAUAGUAUUAUUUGUGAGUCUUCUCAAAAACUGCUGGCAGUGGGAAAUCAGCUGGAAGGGUUUUGUGCUAGUAAAUAGAAAGAAGCUGUAGUAAGCCAUUGAACAUGGCCACCAGGGCUUAACUGCUGUGCUAUGUGUUUAGAUUAUAUUUUUUAAUAUAAUAUAUUAAUGAAUAUUAGGUAAUUAUGACUGAAAUCCAUUUUAUUUCUUUUCCAUGAACCUGUUUGGCUAUGCAUCGGCAUCUGUUUACUUAUUACAUAAUAAUAUAAUCAUGUUUACGCCAUUUGCAUUUUGCAUAUUGUUGUGCAUCUUGGAUGUUUUCAUAUCAGUGUUUUUUUAUGUCAAUCUAUUAAACCAAACCUGUUUAUGCCGAA